AUGUAUUCCUGUCCUACCAAAUCCGCUUAUAGCACACCUUCGUGUCACCGAUGUCAGUCUCACCAGGCUCGCCCAUAUCACAUUGAUUAUCGACCGUCAGACAACGAACGCCUCUCAAGUAACGAUCAAGAUACUUCAGCCCAAGGUUUCAAAUACCAAAGAUCGCCAUACCGUCCCAUACCAAACGUCUCACUUGAUAUUUUCUCUCUCAUCCGCAAGUUUGAGGCACUUGGACCUCUGGAUCUACCAUUCAAGAUUUCAAAUCUGCAGUCAGCACCAUCCAAAACUUCACAAACUUCACCAAGAGGCAAAGCGGAGGAGACUGGAACUUCUCAGCCAUCUAGACCUUUGAUCAGCUUCAGUCCAAGAAGUUGGGGUGGAAGUAGAUUCAAGGAUGUACUUUCUGACGACAAGCCAACCUCGGCGCAAGAGGAUAGUUUCUAUCCUCCUUCCUCCACAUACGGUAAACGGAUCAGGAAGUCUGAUUCAGAAACGCUAGGCCAAGUUCAAAGUCCGUAUAAAGCAAGCAGCAUUCAAUUUGAGAGUGCUGCUCCAGAUUGCAAACCCCCCUCUCUGCUCAAAGAACACAUGCUUGCUCCACAUUCACGAAAGGGCAGGGCAGUUGACAGGAGAGGAAGUACUGUGAAUGAUAAAGUCAGGCUCUUUGACGGAAGCUUGGACAACACUAUUGCUUCCUGUAAGCUUCGCGUUCAGGUCUGGGGACUCGCUGACAUCGUUCAUUUUCUAGCAUCGUCGUUCGUAAGUGCCAGAGAGAGAUUGUCAUCCGAUGCUCCUUACCCAACAAGCCCGCCUUUUGGGGAAAGAAAUAACGAUAUGUUGCCGCUCUCCAUACCUUCGACAAUAAGAGGGGCAGAUCCUAAAAUCUCCCCCACCAAAUCCGAUUCCCCUUUAUCUCCGGGUAAACGACACUUCGUUGUUGGAGAUUCUACACCGAAUCCAUUCCUAAUUCAGAACCCUCACUCCAAAUCUCCCCUUCAGAGAACACUCCAGCGUACAUCGCCCAAAACAGAGAGGGAUCUCAGAUACCUUGCCACUGAGUGUAAGUCCUGCCGUGAGUGUUCAUUAAGGCACAAUGCGGUGACAAGAAUACCCGAACCAGAGGAAGAAGAUACAUCACCCGAUGAUAGUAAAGACAUAAGUCUGAUCAGAGCAUCCUCAGAACCAAGAUCCACAAUGACGGAGCAGACAAGAAUUGGCGACAAGAUUGAAGCUCUCUACCGUGCAAGGAACAGUGAAAAGAAAAAAGGAUAUUCAUGGGAAGUUUCUCGAGGUAGAAAUAUGGUCCGUCCAUCAAAUACCAGGCUGAUGAGAGAUAUAUUUGAGCCUGUUGGUACCACUAGGAAAGUUGAUGGAACAAACCUCCCGACAGGAGAAUCGAUAGUCUCAAAUAAAAGGAUGGCUUUCGAUGGAGGACAAAUCACCAAACAGUCCGGCCCACAGGAUUGUCCAUCAUCGUCUAGAGCUUCAAGAACGACCGCCUUAGCAAUCAGGAAAGAGAAGAUGUUUACUGGAUUCCCGCCUCCCCCGCCUCCCCCAGCACCGCCGCUUCCACAACACUGUAUUCUAGGCAUAUCUGGAGCAUCUGCAAAAGAGCAUGGAAUAAUCGCACCGCAGAUUCCAGAUGCUACAGGCGAAGGCGAAGUCAGUCUGCCAAACUCAACCCCCAAGAGAUCUCGAACAGUAAGCAAAGCCAUUGAGGAUAAGAUGAGGUUCUUCGAAGAGACACCUGAAACCACUGCGGUUAUAGACACGAAUCUCAGGGGCAGCAGUGAUUCGAAAAGGGCGGGAAAUUCAAUGUUUGAGAUACGGAAGAGAUUAUUCGAGGAUAUUGGUAGAGAGAGACAUACCACGGACGGGUUGGGGAAGAGAUUAAGCAUCGGAGACAUAAACGACAUCAUAAAUGAAUUUCAAGUUGUGGAAGGAGACAACCUGGGAAAAAGAAAUGGUGUUGUGGGAAAAUGGAACUUAAUGGCUGAGCCUAGCUCGAUUUCAAAUCGAAUGCCAGUCGAACUGAAAGGUCCAGUGGCAGUGGGUGGCGCGUCUCGGGAUGCGAUCAGAGAAAUGGUAAUUAAGGAAGCUGAAUGUGGGCUAAAGGAGCCAAAACCACUGAGAUUGGCCGAAAUGAAGAGGAUGAUGUGGAUGUGUACAGAGAAAGUUGACAGCACUCGAAUGAGGAGAAAGGCAGUGUCUAAAUCUCCAAAGGGGAAGCUUUAA